AUGUAUUUUAAACGAUUAUUAAUUUACAGCAUCUUUUUAAUUAUUUAUAUAACAACAGUAGUCUGUUUAAAAAAAGAUGAAUAUUAUUGCGAGAAGUCUUCUCCUUGUGUGUGUAUAAGUAUCCAAGAUAAUAAUAUUGAUUUGACCGGUGUUAGUUUAACUUUAGGCUUAGCAACUAAUGUAUCAUUAAAUUAUCAACCGUGUCCUGUAGAUGGAACUAGUUCUAACGCUGUAAGUAUCAAGUUGUGCAUUAAAUAAAAUUGAAAUUAUUCAAGGACAAAAUGUAUUUUGUUAAAUACUUAUAUGAUUAGAGAACAGAUCUAGUUAUUUGUUCGUACAAAUUUGUCAUUUUUUUUUUUUUGAACAUGUGUAUAUUGCCAGGUUAUGUGUGUAACUCAGGGUUUUUGUAGUUGCUUAAUUUCUAACAAAAAAAACUAAGCAAAUAAUUUUUUAAAUUCAAGAUAUAGGUUUAAUUUUUCAAUUAAAUAAACAUUAAACUAGUUAAUUAUGUAUGCAAAUAUAAAUAAAUACACUGUUUUACAAUAAUUUUAGUACAAAUUUAAUAUCAAUGGUGGAUACAAGUUAUUGAGGGAGGGAAUAAUGAGUUACUAAGGAGAUAUUUAGGAAAUGUUCAGUUUAUCAAUUGUUACAUAAUUUACCUUAUAGAUACUGAAAUGAUAAACUUUGCUAUGGCUUUUGGAUACCUACCUUGAAUAAUCGGAGAAUUUGUAAAGGUUUUAUUCCAGAAUUUUAAUUUCAAACUUCAAUUUUUUUUCCCCAAAUAUUAAAUAUUCAAAAUUAAAAAAAAAAUUUCAUUGAUAUUAUUUUUAUCUUUACAAAAAAAUAAUUUUUUGAUGCUAAUUUAUUAAGUAUUAAGUAUUAUUUGAUAAUUUACAAACAUUUGAAUACAUAUUAUUGUUUUACCUUGGUGAACCAUCCAAGAAAAAACCAUUAGCAAUUUAAAAUUAGAUUUUAUGUCAAUUAUUAUGGAUUUAUACAGUUAAAAUUAUACAUAUUGAAAUUAUGAUUUUUAGAUUCAAAUAGUUAAUGCUACAUCUAAUACCAUAAUACCUCUUGCAUACUAUAAGGAUUCCAAAUUUUUAAUCAAUGAUGCAGUAACGUUGGUGUAUACAAAUGCUACAGAGUAAGUUUAUAAUAUUAUUAUGUUUAAAACUUUUAUGGUACAAACCUUGAAGUUUUUAACCCUAACGUAUUAUAUGCUAGUGUAUUCGAUGUAAUUCUAUCAUGUAACCAGUCAGCAACUAAAGGAAAUGAAUAUCUUACUAAUUUUCAAAAUGAUACUAUUAACCAUUUGGUAAGUAAAAUCAUAUAGACAUUUUAUAUAUUUUUAAUAAAGAUCGGAUUUAAUUGCAUUUAAAGCACACAAAAUUGCAUUUUAAAAUUAUUUAAGUGCAAAAGUUAUGUAAAAAAAAAUUAGGUCAACGUUAAUUUUUUUAAUUAAAAUCGAUAAUUAAAUAUAUUUCUAAAUUAUUUUCAUUAAAAUUAAAUCUUCUAUUACUUAAAAUAUGUUUGUACAAGGAAAAACUAUGUUCUACGUCUACACUAGUUAUUGGUGCAUAGUUAAAACAAUUUAAUAAGGUAGACCGUAUAUCUAAAUUAACAUUUACUUUACCUGAGAUUACUUCAUAGUAAGACUUUAAAAUUGCAUACCCUUCAUUUUUUUCAAUUACAUACAUACAUACAUUUUUCUUUAAUUUUUUCACAUUUGUAUCAGGAAUAUUUGUUAAAAUAUCUUCAAUUUUUCUAAACAUAUCAAUGCUUUUCAGUAGUUCACUAUUAGGUUCUUCCAAAUUUUUAAAUUCAUGGAUAACAUUGAUAAGUGUAAUUUUAUGAAUACUAAACCACAUUUGACUGCAUUAUGUUGUACACGCUGUUUCAGCUUUUCGACACUUCUAGCAUCAUCUGUUAAACUUUCAAUCACGUUUUUAAACUCUUCAAAAUUAUUUGUAUAGAAAAGUGCAGCAUUUAACUAUUUUCCCCAUCUCGUAAUAAUAGGUUCGCGUGGUAAAGGUAUACACGGGGUUUAUUUUGUGCACCAUACAUGUAAUAUGAAUUAAUUUUAGGAAAAAUAUUUUUAAUGGUUUUGUUGCUUUUAUCAUAUAAGUAUCAGCAUCACUAAUAAAAAGUAAUACAUUUUGUUCAAUACCAGGAAAUAUUUUUAACGAGGAAUUAAUAAACUGACAAAUAGUUUCAUAAUUGGUGGAUUCUAGUUCUUUACAUGCAACUAAAUAUGAUUUAUUAGGCAUCCCAUCUAAUUUACCAAUUAAUAAAUUUGCAAAAGCCAGACCUAAACGAAAAUAGUAUAUUUUAUUAUAUGAAAAAUUAAAAAUUAAUUUAUACAAAUCUCUUGGAUUGGUUGUUUCAUCAACAAUUAUGUAAAUGUAAUUAUUUCCAAUAUCACUAAUUAUUUGGUCCAUAAAGCUUUUAUAAAUAUUUGGUAUGUAAUUUUUUUCUAAAGUGCUUUUGUUCAGAAUUGAUUUGCCAGUAUGUUUUUCUAAAAUUGAUGUUAACACAUGAUUGCCCAGCUUAUGUAAAGGAAUAUUUGCAGCAACAAAUGCAUUACAUAAAUCUUCAAAAAAUACAUUUUUACCGUUCAAAUUUUAAGAAGUAAUCAAAAGUUGUUUUUUAUUUAUUCCUUUGUAAUGCAUUUGUGUUUGUGUUCACUGUGCUGUCAUACUGAUCAAAAAAUUAGGUACUAAGGUACCAACAGCCAAACACACAUAAAUCGUUGUACUACUACGUUAAAUUUAAUUACCACCAUAUAUAUAUAGACGCUUAUUGCUUGCUGGGCUCUCCAAGGUGCUAAAAAAUUCCAGAUGAACGUAAACUUCUAUGAUUUAAAAAUCUGGGAAAAUUGCAAAAAUUUUAAAAACGUUAAAAAUUGAAAACAAUUGCAUUAUAAAAUUAAAUAGGCAGAAUAUUUUAGUUUAUUAUCUGCUAUAUAUAAUCAGAUCUUAUUUAUCUUUAUUGCAAAAAAAGUUGCAAUAUCAAUUAGAUCCGGUCUUUAAUUAAUAAACUUGUAUAAGUAUAUUAAAUCACAGUAUUUGAUUUUAUAUGUUAUAGACCAUUACUCUAAAAACUAGUCAAGUAUGUGGAUUGAACCUGAAGGAUGCAAUUGAAAAUAGUAGUUCAGAAUCUUGGACAUUAUUUUUCUCAUUUAUUUUGGUUGUUGGGUUUGUAUAUUUUGUUUGUGGUUCCGUAAUGAAUGCUUGUUUAUUUAAUAAAAUUGGUAUUAAUAUGAUUCCACACCAUGCAUUUUGGACUUCACUUUAUAAUAAUGUAAAGGUAAAUCUUUUACACUUUGAUUAAAUUUCAUAUAUUUAAUAGAAAUUUUAUUUUAAAGAAAAUUAAUUUUUCUAGGAAAAACUAUGCGGUACGUCCAUGAUGGCAUCUGCUUACGAAAGUAUUUAG